AUGAGUGAUAUCAUACGAAUUAAACGUCAUUUUUACGUUCAUUUGCUGAACAACAACACAAAUGUCACUAAAUGUAUGCUGGGGCCGCAGGUGUACACACGUAAGGAGCACGAACGAUGUCUUUUCGAACCGCGGCAAUGUGUCGUGGUGCCUCCAGGCCACUAUUGUGUUGUGCAGAACCCGUGCGUGCGUGGCGAAGACAACAUCCCAAAGGUCGGGGAAAGUGAGGAGGUGCAGUUACGCAUGGGCGAGAAAGAAAUACGAUUUGAACAACCUCCGUUCCCUCUAUUGCCUGGGGAAGAGCUUUUAACUGUUGAUGGGGAAUGGCUCUUCAAGUUAAAGGUGAUUCCCUCCAACAAAGGUUACCAUGUUCGUUGUACGCGUGAUUUUGUCGAUAGUACACGGGUGUCAGUGCGGGCGGGUGAACAAUGGAUUGUGGAGGGCCCGCAGACAUUUAUUCCCCGCGUGGAAGUGGAGGAGCUUGGGGAGGUUGAGGCACUUACUGUGGAAUCAAACACUGCCAUUAAGCUCCGGGCGCGGCUCAACUUUACUGACCGACAAGGCGUUGCGCGUGUGGCUGGGGAAGAGUGGCUGCAUCGAACCAGUGGUGCUUAUCUUCCUGCAUACGAGGAGGAAUUUGUGAGUUACGUUAGGGGUGCUGUUUUGACUGAGAAGGAGGCAAUCCACCUAAGGGCUCUACGCAACUUUACUGAUGUGUACGGUAAAGCACGUAAAGCAGGAGAGCAGUGGAUGAUUACGCAUAAAAUGUCCUCUACGCACAUCCCUGAUGUAAACGAGGUAAUCACCGCCACCGUGAAUGCCAUUAUAUUAAGCAAGAACCAGUACUGUAUCGUUAAGGACCCUGUUGGAGAUGAAGGCAUCAACCAGUUCGGUAAAAGAGAAGUCCGCAAAGGGGAGUGCAGCUUUUUCCUGAGGCCCGGUGAGAGUCUGGUGGGUGAGGUUCAGUCAAUGAACGCUAUCGGGAAGAAUGAGGCACUACUUUUGCAGGCUUUGGAAAAGUUUGAGGAUUGUGGCGGCACUGUUCGCAUGCCGGGUGAGAAAUGGCUGCUCCGCGGUGCCACUGAGUAUAUUCCUAGAGUGGAUGUUUGCGUGCUGGAGCGACGAGGUGUGAUUGCACUGGACAAAAAUGAAGGCAUUUAUGUCAUGAACACCACUACGGGUGAAGUCCGCACUGUUAUCGGAGAGCCUUACAUGCUCAAGGAGCACGAGGUGCUAUGGGAGAAGGAUCUUUCUCCUGAUGUGGAAGAACUUCUUGCAUGCCCUACGGGGUGCUGCCGCUGCAGUGAGCGGGAUCCUAACUUUACCAGUUCGCGUGUGAAACAUCGUAUCAUUCGCUUCAACGUUCAACACAACGCGGCGGUACAGAUUUAUGAUUACAAGCAAAAGAAACCUCGCGUAGUGCUCGGUCCGAACCUUGUUAUGCUAUCCCCCGAUGAGGAGUUUACUGUAUUGUCACUCAGUGGGGGAAAACCAAAAGCACUAAAUUCGCUUCUCGCUCUACAGCUCUUUUUGGGUCCUCGUUUCUCCAGUGACACGAUUGUUGUGGAAACCUCUGACCAUGCACGUUUGCAACUUAGUCUUUCGUAUAACUGGCAUUUUGAUGUGAAUCGAGAGAAUCCUGAUGCCAAGAUAUUUUCCGUGCCUGAUUUUGUUGGGGAUUGCUGCAAAACUAUCGCGUCUCGCGUUCGUGGGGCUGUUGCUGCGGAGGACUUUGACUCUUUCCAUCGUAAUUCUGCGAAGAUAAUUCGUGAGGCUGUGUUUGGUCGCGAUGGCAAUGGCCAUGUGAGGAACUCACUUCGCUUCUCUGCCAACAACCUCGUCGUAACGAACAUUGACAUUCAAUCAGUGGAACCCACUGAUGCGAAGACGCGGGACAGUCUACAGAAAUCUGUGCAGCUGGCCAUAGAAAUAACGACCAAAUCCCAGGAGGCUGCGGCACGGCACGGGAAGGAGCGGAAGGACCAGGAGGCUCGGGGAAGGCUUGAGCGACAGAAACUCGUCGAUAAAAUUGAAGUGGAGCGGACCAAAACACAGUGGCUUGAACUGCAGGCGCAGAGUGAGGUUGUUCAGGCGAGUGGGCAGGCAGUAGCGGAGGCGAAGGCGAAGGCGGAGUCACUUCUCAUUGAGGCGGACACAGAGCUGAAGCAAGCGGAGAUGAGGGCAAAAGCGCUCCGUAUCACAGCGGCGUCAGACCUCGCAAAGCAAAAGCAACAGCAAGAUCUCGAGCUGGAGUUUGCAAAGCGUCAGAACGAGCUGGAAAUCGUAAAGGCCCGUGAGCUCGCCCAAACGGAAGUUGAGAGGAUUCAACGGAUGGUAAGUGCCAUUGGGAGACAGACGCUUGUAUCGAUCGCACAGGCCGGCCCCGAAAUGCAAGCGAAACUGCUCGGUGGGUUGGGGUUGAAGGGCUACUUGAUCACAGAUGGAAAAACGCCGGUGAACCUGUUUAACACUGCGCAAGGGAUGCUUGGGGGCCAAACAACCGAGACAAAGUCAUAA